CCUGUAUGAGAACACACGAAACAUAACCUGACAUAACCCACACACAAUUCUCAAAACAACAUAACCUCACUAUUUCAUAUUUUCAUGUGAUUUCCUUAGUGUUUAAAUUGGGAUUAAGGGCCCUGUUAAUACAAUGGCUAAGCUUGGUUCUUACUACGGACUGUGCCCCUUAAUUGAUCAAAAAAACCUGUUAGGUGUCUCGCAGGAUUCAGAGGCAGGGCACGUCAUCGUCACCUUAGGAAAGAAUAUUGCGAUUAAGUACAGAAUUUCAGAUCAGAAACAAAUUCAUAGUUGGCGGACGAAGGACAAAUUUAGUUCACCGGUCGUGUACGAUAAAUGUACAAAUCAGUACGUUGCUGUUUUUAAUCAGGUCUUUAUACGAACCUGGCAAGGUGAAGAAGAGUACGUUGAUAAGUUAAAAAAAUUCAAGUUCAACAAGCCGAUCCACACAUUAAUCAGUUGUAACCAAAAGUGUUUCCUGGUAUUUAAAAACGGUACGGUAACACCUCUAAGUGACGGAUUAGAAAAUCGCAAGGAAAGCGUUAAUGAGGGCACUUCAAGCUUACAUACCCCAAGCCUGGAUGUUCUUACCGCACAUUUCAACGAAAAACAUUAUGUAGCCGUAUUAUCAGGUCCUAGCCAUAAGAUGCACGUGACAGUAAACACGUUUAGUGAAGAUCAAGUUUCUUGUAGCACUUUGGAAGUGAAUCGAAAGAAGGGGUUAACUGUAAAGGGCCAGAUUCUUUGCCAAAUUGAUAACUGCGACAACAUUGUGCUGUUAAUAUUAUGGUCCGAUGGAAGAUUUUACUCUUACUCCCUUGACCAAGACACAAGCAAUGUAAAUGAAACGAAAGUGACAGGAAAUCUGUUUUCACAGUUUGAGUUUUUAUCAUGUAAAGACAACAUAACGAUGGCUUACAUUAACCAACAUCACAUUGGCAUGUAUGGCGCUGACGCAAACGAGGAGGGUGCCGCUUUAAUUUUGUACAACACACAAUUUAAGGUUUCUCAAUCGAAGCAGCUUCUUAAACUAUUUACAUCCGGCGCAAAAUUGUGGAAAAUCGAAAAUAACUUAUUGUUUUGCUCUGGUCAAAGUUUAGGCGUGAUACCCUUUUAUUUGGACAAAGAACAGUUAUCUUCAUUGGUCGGUAGUCACAGAACCGCUACAAUCGACUUGGAUCCUGAUGUCGUGGUCAUGGAAGAAUUGGAGGAAGCUAGUUGGGGGUCCCCGUUGGAGAACAUCGAUAGAUUAAUUCCCAAGGAGAUUGCGAAACUAGUGAUCGAGCUGUCACAGCAGGGAUUCUCAGAGAGCACAAUUUGCGAGAUCGUGAUCCCCCAGUAUAUCGAAAAUAAGAAUGUCAACGCAAUUCUGAGUUGCCUGGAUUACUUUUGCGAUAUACCCGAAUUGUAUUUGGUGGAAUUACUUCGCUUUACCAUCAAGAUUGAUUCAAAAAAUUUUAGUGGGAAGUUGGUUGGGAGUUCUAAUGUGGUACCUGUCGAAUUGCGUCAAGUGGAACGGUGUAAUUUAAUGAACAAGAUUUUAAUGUCUUCGUUCAGCGAUUCGCUGCUACUGCCUCACCUUCAUAGCAAAUUAGAUCUAGGGUGCACGAUACUUCUUUUGCAGUACAUUUUUUAUUUAAUGUCGUCAGACACCAACAGCCGGUGUGGAAAAUCAGUAACCGAAUUUGAAAAUAUCUUAAUCAAUUGGUGUUGUGUACUUCUAGACGCGAAUUAUCAGAAGUUUUUACUUUCCAGGGAUACGCAAAUUAUAGAAAUAUUGACGAACUUUAGUGGCUUAGUCGCACAUUAUACUAGUUCUUUAGAAACGUUACAGCAGACACUUCCCUUACUUAACGAGCUGAAGAAAGGUAAAAAACCAAACAAAAACAAACAUUUAAAUAAUUUGCUAUAUUCUGUAGAAAAAUUAAACUUAUAUUAAAAUAAAACUAUUGUUAAAACUA